UCGUCCUCCAUACAGAGCAUCAUAUGACGUCACACAGUUCUUCCUCCAGCCUCUCUCCUCGGCAGCCAUUUUGGGAGUCAAAACCAGCCAGCAGACAGCAGCGCACACCUCCACUCCUCCACACCUCCACCGGGGCUCUACUAUGGUUCACACCUGCGUGGUGGCCGGCUGCAGGAACAGAAGGACACCGGGCACCACCUUAUCUUUCUACCGGUUCCCCCGGGACCCCGAGAGGAAGCAGCGCUGGAUAGCUGCUGUGAACAGAGAGGGAUGGGCUCCUAACGACGGCAGCAGGCUCUGUAGCACUCACUUCAUCUCAGGUAAACAGGUGAAGAAUCCUCGUUCUCCAGAUUAUGUUCCUUCUGUGUUCACAUCAGCUCCCUUAUCCCCAGAGAUGAAGGAGCCAGGUGCCUUGGAGAUCCUGGACAAGCAGGAGGCCCGCGUGGAGGCAGCCAACGCUUUGUUGUUCCUGCAGGGCCAGGGCAGGUCUGUGGUGGGGGAUCGGGGCCAGGAGGAGCAUCCUGAGGAGAGGGAGCAGGAGGCCGCCGUGGAGGAGAGUGCGUCCUCUUCCCUCAGCACCGAUGAAGACGACGACGACGACGAUGAUGAAUAUAUGAGUGACAGCAAGAAGGGAAAGUUCGCUCAUACGUCUGAUGCAGCGGUUAACUUUGACGACAUCCUGAGAGCCCUGAAGAAGGAGAACCAGACCCUCCGGGAGUCUGUGGACAAAAUGUCCCUCUCUGAGAACUCCUUGAGGAACGAUGCAGAGAAAGUCAAGUUUUACACUGGUCUGCCAAACUACUUUGUCCUGGAGACGGUCAUGUGGCUGCUGGCGCCUCACAUGGACGGCAUGAAAACCGUGAAGCUCUCCAAGUUCCAGCAGCUGCUGCUGACGCUGAUGCGACUCCGCCUGGACCUCCGCAACCAGGACCUGGCGUACCGCUUUGGCGUAAAAGUCGGCACGGUGACCAGAACAGUGCACCAGAUGGUCAACAUCAUGUCCUCCACUCUGGUGCCGACGGCCGUCUUCUGGCCCUCCAGAGCCGAGCUCCGGAAGAACCUGCCGGCAGCUUUGCGCGCCUCCCACCCCGACUGCGCUGUCAUCGUAGACUGCUUCAUGGUGCCCUUUGAGGAGCCGGUUUCCCGGGGCAACCAGCAGCAGCAGCAGAGGGUGGUGGCGAGCUCUCAGGGGGUGGGGACAACUCAUAACGUGUUAAAGUAUCUGAUUGGCGUGGCGCCGCAGGGCGUCGUCACCUUCGUCUCUAAGGGCGUGCUGGGAAACGUCAGUGACAAAAGCCUGGCUGAGGGCUGCGGGUUUCUGUGCAAGCUUCUCCCGGGCGAUGUCGUGUUGGCGAGUCGCAACCUCGACAUUGACGAUUCCGUGGCCGCCCGAGGAGCACUGUUUAAAAUUGCAGUUAGCUCGCCGCUGGCUGACACGUCCUCUGAGACGGUGAGCGUGCAGAGGCAUGUGGAGAGGGUGAUCUCCAUGGUGAAGCACAGGUACGCCAUGCUCACGGGCCCCGUCGAGAGCCCCUUCACCACGGUCUCUGAGCGCACCUCGAACCUCUCGACCUUUGAUAAGAUUGUGCAAGUUGCUUGUGCCUUAAACAACCUGUGCAUCUCUGCUGCUCCGCUAGAGUGACUCGUACAGAGACGCCUAGUGCUCCUUAAUGCUGGUCAUUUAAGUUCCCUUUACUGCUUUGGACCUUAUUCCAUGUUCCUCCACUGCAAAACGUCAGUUGCUCUGAGCGUCUAAUAAUGCCGUGGAUGGGUUCACAUUGGAGUUAGUUGAAAGCCCGGUGCGUCUCAAAAAGACGCUUCAGGGUGCCUCGGUGCGUCGGACCUCUGACCAAGUGUCGGCAUUUGACGAGUUGCCCACUGCAUCCCAGUGUCAACACUACUACAUGGUUACUAUAGAGUGUAUGACUCCCUGUUAUCUAGGUCAGAGCAAAUCCAGAAACCACAUUGCUAAAAUGUGAUGUCAUUAACUUAUGCAACUCAACUGACAACGAAUGGCAGGAUUGCAAAGGAUGUUAUUUUAUUUAUUUAGGCUUUGAAUGAUUGCUGUGUGAGUAAAAAAAUACCUUUUUAAAAUUCAUCUUCAUUAACCAUUUUCUAAAUAUGAGGUAUAUAAACAGCAGUUUGGGUGGUGCAGGCGGUGUUCCAACUAAUCCAAUCCUGUGCAAUGCAAGUCCUUUUCAUCCCCAACAAGUACUACAGCAGCUGACUUCACUGGUUGAUUCAACCAGCUGUUACUUAUAAAUCAACAACAGUAUACACCAUACAAAGAGAUACAAAACAGGUCAAAAUAACAAGAGCAGCAUGCAUAGUAAUGCACUUUCUCAUGCAGGGAUACAAACAUGUUAAUUAUGGAGCACGAAACCUGCAAAAAAUCAAAAAUAAAUGAAUAAAUAUGUCAUUAAAUGCAGCAAAAAUAAAUGUAGCCAUUAAUUAAUUGAUCAAAUGUGACAUAAAUUUAUAUUUCUGUUUUAAUUUACUUUUUAAUUUA